UUUUCCUCCAUUACCAUGUCAAAACCCCACUCAAAAGUCCAAAGAAUUACCCAAAAAGUACAGGGUAGCCUACACUCUUCACAGUUCAACCAACCAUCGGAAAACCAACCACUGCCAACGUAACUGGAAAGUUUAGACGCGCAAUAGGCCUACAGAAAGUGAAGCUUCCAUCAUGUGAUUUUUUUAAACAGUGCGGAGCUUCAUUGAAAAAUGAGCCUCUGUUUCAUAGCCUACAUGUUGUGGCUUCGUAUUUGUUAACCGUAUCAACAGUGCAAAAUACUGACUAUAGCCUACGUGGGUAAUGUAAAUUUCAAAUGAAACAAGGAAAUGUAAAAAAAAAACAAAUCAUUGACCGGAAUCAGGCAGGGACAAAACAGCUCCACUUUCAACACAUCAGGAAAGAGUCAUCUUACAGUCUGGACUGUAAAAUAUAUACAAUUACUCUAAGCAUGCCUCUGACAGUGUCUCAGGGAGAGGGAAUGAUGGUCAUCACCGUCACCUCAAACCCAAAGAGCAAAUGGCCCGCACUGUGUCAGAUUCUGAGUUCUCUGUGCUAUGGUCCAGUGUGUUUUGCAUCUGAGGAUAUGAAAGAGAAGUUGACAGACACCCUGAGAGUUAUUGGGAUUGUACAGAUAGUAGUUGCAGUCAUGAAUCUUGUGUUGGGUUGUUUUGGCAUCAUCUUCUUUAUUGCUACCACUUCGGUCAGCAGUAUGGUGUUGUCGGUUCUUCAGCUCUGUGUGGUUGUCACUUUCUGUAUUUUGACCAUAAAAUCUUUGUGCAAGAAGGGUGGGAGUGCAAAGUUAGUGGACAAAACAGCUUCAGUAUCUAGAAGUGGAAUAAGCCAAUAUUCACUUCCGUUUGGUGGCAGCUGUAGCAUGACUCUUGCAUCGUCUCAGGAUAUGAAAGAUAAGCUGACAGACAUUCACACAGCACUUGGGGCUGUACAGAUAAUGGUUGGUGUCAUGAAUAUCACAAUGGGUUGUUUUGGCUUCAUCUUUUCUUUUUGGAUCGGUGGUGUGUUCCUUGUUGUUGGAAUUACGUGUGUUCUUGCAGUAAAGUUUUCCCGUCCUAAGCUGCUGGUCAUCACAGUGAUUCUGAAUGUAGUCAGUGCUGCACUGGCAAUCACAGCUGCUGUGCUGUAUUCAAUGGACCUAGCAAUGGGAAGCAGUUUAAGCUGUUACAGAGAAUAUUAUUAUUAUUCAUCUAAUAAUGACUGGCUUACCCAAAAAAAGAGUAACUUUGAGUCCUGUUUUUACUACAAGAAUCUCAAUCAGAUGAUCCUCGGAGGGCUAGAUAUCAUGAUGAUAGCGCUGUCGGUCCUUCAGCUCUGUGUGACCAUCAGUUUCUGUGUUUUGACUGGGGAAGCUUUGUGCAAGAAGGAUGAAGAUGUAAAGUCGGUGGAGGAUCCAGAACUUCACAAGCCACUCCUGGAAGAUGACACUCCUGGUCCUGCAUGUUAAAGAGACAAGAUAAACACAC